AUGGGCGGCAUUGUCCCCAAACUGGCUCAUCAUGCUCAUAUGCGCAACCUCCCCUCAGUGGUCCAGGAGGCGAUCCAAUCGGCAGGCCUAGGCGAGCAUGGGAUCCUGGCAGUCGACAUUAUUGCAGUAACGCGCGGCCCCGGAUUAGCGCACUCCCUUGGGGUCGGAUUGAAUGCGGCAAAGACCCUCGCUGCGGCCUUGAACAAGCCCUUGAUCGGUGUCCAUCAUAUGGAAGCUCAUGCCCUCACAGCGCGACUCACUACCCGCGACCCGGACUACCAGCCAGUCGACCAGGAUGUCUCUGCCUCGGAAUCUAAUGUACCCAUCGGAUCGGAUCCAUACCCGUCCUUCCCCUUUUUGACUCUCCUCGUGUCUGGUGGCCACACCUUGUUAUUAGUUGCACACUCCGUAAAUCGAUAUACAACCCUGGCAACAACAGUCGACGACUCAAUCGGAGAAGCAUUUGACAAGACGGCGCGAGAACUCGACAUCCCUUGGUUGCCUGGUCGUGCUGGCGGGCCUGGUGCCAGUUUGGAGCAAUUUGCUAAGAGCUCAAGCAACCCAGGACGGUAUCAGGAUCGUCUCCCUAUUCCAUUGAGUCUUCGUUCCAGCAAGAGCGAGAUGAAGUUCAGCUUUGCAGGACUCAAAAGCGCAGUUACUCGUAUUGUGAAUCAGGAAAAGGCAGCCAGCCCCACAGGCGAGAUGGACGAGUCGAAGCGACAGGAUCUGGCAGCAGGAUUUCAGCAUUGUGCGGUGACACAUCUCUGUCAAAAGGUAGAGCAAGCACUGGUUGACUGCCACGAACAAGGACUAGAUAUCUCAAGUCUCGUCAUCAGCGGGGGUGUUGGACGGAAUGCGACUCUUCGGAGCAGGAUGGACGAGGUCUGUGGUCGGUUCGAGUACGGGGGCGCCAUCGCCUUGGACAAGAUGUCAUCCAAGGAGAAGAAAAGGUUGAAGAGAGCAUUACUCACUGCAGCAGCACCAAAGGAGUCAGGCAAGGCUGUGCGAUCUGUGCGAGUUAUUUGCCCACCGCCCAAGCUGUGUACCGACAAUGCAGUGAUGAUUGCGUGGACUGGAUUAGAACGGUACCAGCAAGGGCUAGUUGAUCCGUACGACAUUGAUAUUGUCCCCAAGUGGCCAUUAGACAUGCUCGGUACAGGCGUUGUUCCUGAAUAA